CACUGGCCGCUGCCGCUGCUGCCUCCAAGAUCACCAUGCUUACCAUCACCCUCUUGACCCUGGCCCUGCUGGGUAGCGUCCACUCCAGCCCCCAAGACCCUUCCUACAAGGCAGGCAUCGUGUGCCGCAUCACCAAGCCUGCUCUCCUGGUGUUGAACCAGGAGACGGUUAAGGUGAUCCAGACUGCCUUCCAGCGUACCAGCUACCCAGACAUCAAGGGCGAGAAGGCUGUGUUGCUCCUUGGCCGGGUCCAGUACAGACUGCACAACAUCCAGAUCAACCACCUGUCCAUUGCCAGCAGCCAGGUGGAGUUGGUGGAAGCCAAGACCAUUGAUGUCUCUAUCCAGAACGUGUCUGUGGUCUUCCGGGGGACCCUGAACUAUGGUUACACUGGUGCCUGGGGGUUUGGUGUUAAUCAGUCGGUCGACUUUGAGAUUGACUCUGCCAUUGACCUUCAGAUCAACACACAGUUGAUCUGCGAUGAGGGCACUGUGCGGACCCAGGCACCUGACUGCUACUUGAAUUUCCAUAAACUGCUGCUGCGCCUGCAGGGGGAGCGUGAGCCAGGGUGGCUCAAGCAGCUGUUCACAAACUUCAUCUCCUUCACGCUAACGCUGGUCCUGAAGGGACAGGUCUGCAAAGAGAUCAACACCAUCUCCAAUAUCAUGGCUGACUUUGUUCAGACAAGGGCUGCCAGCAUCCUCACUGAUGGAGACAUCGGGGUGGACAUUUCCGUGACCAGGUCCCCUGUCAUCACAGACACCUAUGUGGAAACUCAUCACAAGGGCUUCUUCAUCUACAAGAACAUCUCUGAGGCCUUCCCCCUGCAUACCUUCCCGCCCAGGCUCCUGGGGACCUCCCGCAUGCUCUACUUCUGGUUCUCUGAGCAAGUCCUUGAUUCCCUGGCCAAGGCCGCCUUCCAGGAGGGCCUCCUGGUGCUCAACCUGACAGGAGAUGAGUUCAAGGAAGUGCUGGAGGCCCAGGGUUUCAACACCAACCAGGAGAUCUUCCAGCAAAUAACUGCUCCCUGCCUUGACCAGGCCCGAGUAACUGUCCACUGCCUUAACGUGCCCAAGAUCUCCUGCCAGGAGAAAGGUGUCGUUGUGACCACUUCCAUCGUGGUGAAAUUCCUUUUCCCGUGCCCAGACGGUCAAGAAGCUGUGGCUUACACUUUUGAGGAGGAUAUCAUCACCAUUGUCCAGGCCUCCUAUUCCCAGAAAAAACUUUCCUUGCAUCUCUUGGAUUUCCAGUGCGUGCCACAGAGGGGAAGCACGAUCAGCUUGGCCCUGAGCAGCCCCCAUUCCCUCCAGAGCACCCUGCGCUCCAUGAUCACCACGGUGGGCAUCCCUGAGGUCAUGUCUCGCCUCGAGGUGGUGUUCACAGCCUUGAUGAACAGCAAAGGUCUGGACCUCUUUGAAAUCAUCAACCCUGAGAUUAUCACUCUGGAAGGCUGCCUGGUGCUGCAGAUGGACUUUGGCUUCCCUGCGCACCUGCUUGUGGACUUCUUGCAGAGGCUAAGCUAGGAGGGAAACAGGCCACAGGCCAGGCUCACUCCCCACACGCCUUGUGGGCAUCAGGGAGAGGCAUCAGGGAGACAAAGAUGCUCCCAACUCCUUCUGUCUCCAAGGCCUACCAGCAUAAAAGCAGUGUCCCCUCGGGCAGGCAUGUGGCCGCGCAGUUAAGCCACUAGUUGGAACACCUACAUCUUGUGUGUUCUUCAUCCCAGCUUCUUACUAACAUGCACCCUGGGAGGCAGCUGGUGACGGUGCAAGCAGGCGGGUUCAUGUCACUGCAGAGAUCCAGGCUGAGUCCCAGGCGUCCAGCUUUAGCCUGCCAGCGAGUGGGAACUAACUGUCUGUCUGAUGGGCUGUCUCUCUCUGCCUCUCCAGGAAAUAAAUAUUUUAAAACAGU